GCCUCUCCCAACUUGCUUGGAAAAAACACAGGGUUGACGGCAGAGAGGGGCGAGCCGCCAUCUCUAUCUUUCUCUUUCUCUUUAUAUUUCUGUGCCUCUCUCUCGUUAAACAGACCCAGAAAGCCAUUUACCAUUUCAGGUGCUACUGUAUCUGCAGAUGUUACGAGCAAAACAUCUCGGUAACCUUUCCAAUAGUGCUAGGUCCUUUUUUCUUAAUGGGUCACGAUGCAGUGCAGCAGAUGGAAAUUCAUGUACUUGCCCUGAAGAUGAAACUUGUGUUUCAAGAAGGCAGAGCAGAAGAAAUGAAGUUUUACUUGCACAAAAGCCAUCCACCUUAGUAUCCACAUCUUCAGGCAGAGUAGGAACCUUAGUAUCCACAUCUUCAGGCAGAGUAGGAACCUUAGUUUCAGAGGAGUCAGUUAAAGUACUAGGUUCUCAGAAGGCUAAGAAUGUUGAUCACCCAAGUCCUCUGAAACAAGUUGUUUCUGCCCCCAGUUCUUUGAGGAGAUCCGAUUGUGUAAGUUAUGCUACUGGCAUUGAUGCUGCUCAAGAGGAUGUGGUGAAGUCAUCACCCCUUAUUGCUGACCAGUUUGUUAAGGCUGGCAUUGCAACCGUAAAUUUCUUGUCUGAUUUAGUAAAUUAUAAGCUUCCUCUAUCAGGUGGAGAUGGACUACUAAACUCACCUGGGAGCUGUAUGGUCGAUCCCACUAGGCCUCUCUCCAGCAUCAAAUCAUCAAAUGUGAGACACAUCAAAAGAGAGAACUUUUCCAGUGUUCAUCCAAGAUCAUCUCCACAGAUAGCAGCUGGGUCAAAUCAUUCAACAAAUGUUCAUGCAACAAAGGGUAAAGGUGAUAAAUCGAAUUUUGUUAAAAGUCUCAAGCAUGUUCCAUAUGCUGGAACAGGGAAUUCGGUGGGAACUCACGGUAUAUCUUCAGAUGCUCAUGAGAAGAAGACUGUACCACAGAGACCUAGAGCUCAUUCAAACCGUUUCACAUCAAAUUAUAAUUUCAACGUGCAGACUUCAGAUGCAGAGUUUGUGGGUUCUAAUAGUAGAGGUUUCAACAGACACAGUAGAGGUUUUAACAAACCGCCCAGCGAUAUGGCAGUGGCAACAGGAAUUGCUCCAAUUAAGAGGCAGGUUGCAAAUCCUGGGCAUGCUGUGGGAAGUGUUUAUCAAAUAUUGCAACAACUGAAGUGGGGCCCUGCAGCUGAAAAGGCUCUUGGAGAUCUCAGAUGUCCAAUGGAUGCGUUUCAGGCAAACCAGAUUCUCAAGCAACUUCAAGACCACUCAGUUGCCCUUGGCUUUUUCUAUUGGUUGAAACAGCAACCUGGGUUCAAGCAUGAUGGGCACACUUAUACCACCAUGGUUGGCAUCCUUGGACGAGCCAGGCAGUUUGGCGCAAUAAACAAAUUGCUUGAUCAGAUGGUGAAGGAUGGCUGCCAGCCUAAUGUUGUGACAUAUAACCGUUUGAUUCACAGUUACGGCCGUGCAAACUACUUGAAGGAAGCACUCAAGGUUUUCAAUCAAAUGCAGGAGGCAGGAUGUGAACCUGACCGUGUCACUUACUGCACACUCAUUGACAUCCAUGCCAAAUCCGGCUUUCUUGAUGUUGCCAUGUGUAUGUAUGAAAGAAUGCAAGAGGCUGGUCUUUCCCCCGACACAUUUACCUACAGUGUUAUAAUCAACUGCCUUGGGAAAGCUGGGAAUUUGACUGCAGCCCAAACGCUAUUCUGCGAGAUGAGAGGUCAGGGUUGUGUUCCUAAUUUAGUCACCUAUAAUAUCAUGAUUGCUUUGCAAGCCAAAGCAAGGAACUAUGAGACUGCCUUGAAGCUUUAUCGUGAUAUGCAGAAUGCAGGAUUUGAACCUGAUAAAGUGAGUUAUAGCAUAGUGAUGGAGGUGCUUGGCCAUUGUGGGUACCUUGAGGAAGCAGAAGCAGUUUUUGUAGAAAUGAAACGGAAAAACUGGGUCCCAGAUGAACCUGUUUAUGGUCUUUUAGUAGACUUGUGGGGAAAGGCUGGUAAUGUGGAGAAGGCCUGGGAGUGGUAUCAAGCAAUGCUCUAUGCAGGUUUGCGGCCUAAUGUGCCCACUUGCAAUUCCCUGCUCAGCGCUUUCCUCAGGGUUCACCGACUGUCGGAUGCGUAUAAUUUGCUACAGAGCAUGGUGGGUUUGGGUUUAAACCCUUCUUUGCAAACUUAUACCUUGCUCCUCAGUUGUACUACAGAAGCACAGUCACCAUAUGACAUGGGUUUUUGUUGCGAGCUCAUGACCAUCACAGGCCACCCUGCACAUUCAUUUCUACUGUCCAUGCCAGCAGCAGGACCUGAUGGUCAAAAUGUGCGGGAUCACAUGAGCAAGUUCUUGGACCUGAUGCAUUCUGAGGAUAGGGAGAGCAAGAGGGGACUGGUAGAUGCAGUGGUAGAUUUUCUUCACAAGUCAGGGCUCAAGGAGGAGGCAGGCUCAGUUUGGGAAGUGGCUGCACAAAAGAAUGUGUACCCAGAUGCCGUCAAAGAGAAGAGCUCCUGCUAUUGGCUUAUUAACCUGCAUGUUAUGUCGGAUGGUACUGCUGUGAUAGCACUGUCAAGGACGCUUGCUUGGUUUCGCCAGCAAAUGCUAAUGUCAGGGAUAGGUCCUAGCCGGAUUGAUAUUGUAACUGGAUGGGGUCGCCGGAGCAGAGUGACAGGAUCUUCUAUGGUGAGGCAGGCUGUUCAGGAACUGCUGAACAUAUUUAGCUUCCCAUUUUUCACUGAAAAUGGCAAUUCCGGGUGUUUUGUGGGAUGCGGAGAGCCUCUUAAUAGAUGGCUGCACCAGUCUUAUGUGGAGCGGAUGCAUCUACUAUAGUUGUAGGUUGGAACUUUGAUGACAAUGGUGAUCUGCCUGAAGCCUGACAACAAUCAUUAACGUAUCUACUGCUGGAAUAUGCAUGGUUGCCAGUGGGAAUGAAGAAAUUACACUGUUUGAUGCCAAGGAAGGUAAAAAACACAUGGAAGGAAGAUUAAUAUGGUGGAGGAUCUUGUCUUUAUUCACUAAUCUAUUUGCUUUGGCCUUUUGCUGCUUGGUUCCAUUGUUGUGUACGUUGUACGGUCGUUUUCUCCAGCAGAAAUCAGCUUUCAUUAAUUUUGGGUUAAAUAUUUUUUUAAGACCUU